CCUCGGAGAUUACCCGGUGUAGUUUCUGGGGUUGGAAAGUGUCGGCAGAAGAGGAUCUGCGAGGGCUUGGCGUGUAGCGACCCGUGUCAGUAGAGGACAACUGGAGAUGCUGAAGAAUCCAUCCAAGGCACUACUCGACAAAGGGAAUGAUCCCCCUUACAAGGCGACAAGGCAGCUCGAGGACGAAACCAGUCACCUCGCACCACAUCAGCAGCAUGCCCCCACGUGGGCGCACGUGGUGCAAGCCACCAAUGAGGGCGCCAGCAUCCCUGUGGCUGCUACCAUACCGGUCAUUUCAGCCCCGGUGUUGCCUCUGGGUCUGAGCUCUGUCCCGACGGCCAGCGUGAUCAGUCCCUUCGUGACCCCCGUCCCUUCCGCUGGACCGAGGGUAACGUUCCCACCAAGCAUGACUCAGUUCAUGAAUGACCCAGCCAACCUACAAGCCAUCCAGGGCUUUGGCCAGGUCAUGGCCAUGUGCCAGCAGAACGGGGGGAUGCCUUUCCUCCCUGCCACGUACCAAGAGGCCUACCAUACUGCGUGGGAGUUUGCUGAGGCUGAAACUCAACUCCGGGCAAAGAGGGAAGCUGAGCAUGGUCACAAGUCCAAGCCGGUGCAAGUCAAGAAGGAAGAAGCACCGGGACCUAGCCGGCCGAGGCACCACUAUGACCCGGUCAUCCGAGUGGUCAAUACGGAGGAAUGCCAAGAAGUCCGGAAAGCACCGGUCAUUCCUCCAGAAAACCCUACCGGUCAAGUAGGGCGGCAGUGGUCGGGCACCUAUUGUUCGUACCACAGGUCAGAUUCCCAUAACACCUCCGAAUGUAAGAGUGUUAAGGGAGUAAUCCGGCAGAUGAUCGACAGUGGAGAGCUGGGCAAGGAUUACUUACAGAAAGCCCAAGAGAAGAGUCAUCAGUGGGUUAGGCCAGCUGCCCCAGGGAAUGACCGGGACAACGACCGGCGGAGGAAUAGCCGGCCAAGGGAGCGGCAACCUGCUCCCGAAAAAGAGCACAUCGGCAUGAUCUUCGGCGGACCCGAGGGCUUCACGGGGGACACCGUUGAAGCUGAAGGAUCCAUAGUUCUACCGGUCGAACUAGGAUCAGGGGAAAAGACCGUGUGGAAGAAGAUGCGGUUCAUAGUUGUGGACAUCAAAUGGGUCCACAACGCAAUUCUUGGAAGGCCAGGCAUCAAUAGAGUCGGGGCGUUGAUUUCCAUGCCUCACCUAUGCAUGAAAUUCCACACUUCAGGUGGUGUGGGUGAGGUGAAGGGCGACCAGAGGAACGCCCGGGAGUGCUAUGCUCGGGCAGUCAAGAAGAUGACCAAGGGGGUCAAUGUCAUCUCCCAAGAAAUCACAAAGGGAGAGACCCAGGAGAAAUUGGAGCCCGAGGCCGAGACGGUAGAAAUCGAACUUUACCCGAGUGAUUCUUCGAGGAUGGUCAGAAUUGGAGCAAAUCUCCCCGAGGAUCUCAAGGCACAGAUUACACGGGCCCUAGCUGACUUCCUAGUAGAAAUGACCGGUAUAACUCCAGACUUACCGGUCAACAAGCCCACUGAGCAAUGGUGGGAGAUGGCAGUUGACGGGGCAUCCGGUCCUAGAGGAUACGGGGGUGUUAUCGUGUUCACCACCCCAGAAGGGUUCAAGAUCUACCAUGCAAUCGUUUUCAACUUCAAACUGACGAACAAUGAGGCAGAAUAUGAAGCUCUGGCUGGAGGGCUCAGACUUGCCCAAGCCCUGAAAAUCAGCUUGGUCAGUAUCAAAUCUGACUCUAGCCUGAUAGUUGGGAUCGCCCAAAUUCCCCGGGCGGAGAACACAGAUGCAGACCUUCUCUCCAAAUUGACGCAGUAUGCUCCCGAGCACGUUUCAAAACUUGCCCGGGUAGAGAUCCUUGACCGUGCAAGCAUCGAAAAAUUGGAAGUCGCCGCUAUAACGGCCGGAAGCCAAUUUGACCGGUCAAACCUGGUCGGGGCGGACGACCAUUGGAUGUAUGAUCUGAUGGAAUAUCUGAUGAAUGGGAGCUUGCCAGAACAAGAUGACCGGGCAAGAAAAGUGAAGCUCAGGGCACCCCGAUUCCAGAUUCUUGAUGGAAAGCUGUAUAAAAGGGCAUUUGGGGGGCCACUCCUGAGAUGUCUAACCAACCAGGAGGCUGAGCGAGUCAUAGCAGAGGUCCACGAAGGCGUAUGCGCGGCACAUCAAAUGUCCCGUACGCUUUCCCAACGCAUCAUCUUGUUGGGGUAUUACUGGCCAACAAUUGUACAGGAUUGUGAAAGGUACGUCCAGAAAUGCAGAACGUGCCAAGUAUUCUACAAGAGGGCUCAUGGGGAAACUCCAUUCUCCCUAACCUAUGGGUGUGAAGCAAGGCUGCCCAUCGAAGCUGAAUUCCCAACGUUCCGGGAAUCAAAUUAUCAACCCCAACAAAAUGAAGAAGACCACUUGGCCGAACUCAACUUGGUCGAAGAGCGGAGAAUGGCCGCGGAAGUUAAAAUGAGUACGUACCAACAAGUUGUGAAGAAGUACCAUGACAACAAGGUUGGGCCGCGGUACUUCCAAGUUGGGGAUGAAGUCCUACGAAGAAGAGAAGCAAGUAGACCCGGCGACGGAGGAAAGCUAGAAAAACUGGGAAGGCCCAUACAGGGUUAGAGCCAUCAUUCAGCCAGGAACAUACCGGUUGGAAACUUUAGAUGGUGUACCGAUAGAAAGAACUUGGAAUUCCCACCAUCUUCGCAAGUUCUACAAAUGAUUGUAAUACUAGGCGAGGCCUAACUACAUUAUCAAUCAAAGUAAUGUUCAAUG